AACAUGAAGAUACUGAAGAACAAACAGACCUGUUGGUGCUGAAAGAAGAGCGUGAAGAACUGAAUGAAAUGCAAGAUAAAGAUCAGUGUAAGAAAUAUCAUGAUUCCAUAACUGGACAAAAAUCAGAAAAGACUUGCUCACAAAAAAGAGCUCAAAAGACUGUUAGUGGAAGUGAUUUCACCUGCCAACUGUGUGGAAAUAGUUUCAGUCGAAAAGGAAGCCUCCAAAGGCACAUGAUAAUUCACACUGGAGAGAAACCUUAUACAUGCCAUCAAUGUGGAAGGAGUUUUCCACAUAAACACAAACUCAAUGCCCACAUGAAAAUUCACACUGGAGAGAAGCCUUUCACCUGCAAAGAGUGUGGAAAGAGUUUCAUUGAAAAAACAAUCCUUAAAAGCCACAUGACAAUUCACACAGAAGAAAAGCCUUACACCUGCUCUCAGUGUGGAAAAGGUUUUACUCAACAAGGAAGCUUUAACAGGCACAUGAUGAUUCACGCUGGAGAAAAGCCUUACAGCUGCCAACAGUGUGGAAAAAGCUUCAGUCAAAUAGGAAGCUUUAAAUACCACAUGAGCACUCACACCAGUGUAGCAUCUGCAUAAAAUCAUGCAUGGUCUUUGGGGUUCAUGGCUUAAAAGACCCCUUUUAGCCUUUGACAUUUGCAUAUAAAUUACAGUCC